AGAGACUCAACCUCCUUCAACCCCAAGAUCCUAUUAUUCCCUGGUUAAUGAAAACCAUGGCUGAGGAUCAAUUCAAGUCAAAGAAAUAAAAGAGAUUGCAGAGCAAGAAAGAAAGAAGCAACAAAGUUUUUGAUGGCAACAGAAAGAAACCCCUCGUUUUUCAAGGUUCUUCAGGGUGAUCAGUUCUCUAUCAAAUUGAAAAUCCCUAGAGCAUUUCUCCAGUAUUUUAAUGGAAAGGUACCUCCCAAGUGCUUUCUUCAAACCCUAGGUCAAACUUGGCUUGUUGAUGUGGAAAAGGUCAAUCACAAGUUCUAUUUCCAACUGGGGUGGAAUCGCUUUGUCCAAGACAAUGGCUUGAAAUAUGGUCAACUUCUAGUCUUCCGUUAUGCUGGAAACUCAGACUUCCAUGUGGACAUAUUUGGAAUAAAUACCUGCAAAAAUCUGUGUGUAAUUCCUGAGAUGGAAGAAGCUAAUGAAUAUGAUGAUGAUGUAUCUCUUGAGAUCUUGGACGACUUUCCACCCUGUCAAAGAAAAACAGAGGAGAAAUCUUUGCUUUCAUGUCCUCUGCCUCACAAGAAAAACAAAACAAGUUCUAGUGGUAGAGCAGAUAUCACCCCUAACUUUAGAAAGAGGGUUCCACAUCUUGAGAAGUCACAAAUGAAAAGGAAAAAGGCACAUUGGUUCAAAUCAGAAAUGAUAGAUAAUUCUGAUACUGAUUCUGGUGAUGAAGAUGAUCAUGAUGAGGAGGAUGACGACGAAAAUGAAGAUGAUGAAGAAGAAGAAGAAGAAACUCAAGAUGAAGAGGUUGAGGAGGAAGAUGAUGGUGAUUCUGUUGGAACCCUCAACGAUUCUCUACCAUGCUCAAGAACAGUGGGGAAAUAUACAUUAGCAUCGAGGCUGCACCAGAGAGAGAGAAAAAUUUCUAGUGCAAAAGCAAAAACCAACAUCAAAACUGUUGGUGGCUUGUCUAGAGAGGAAAAGAUCCUAAAAGUUAUAGCUCUACAAAGAGCUAAUGCUUUCAAAUCUAAUUCUGUCAACCCUUGUUUCAUGGUUUCCUUGUCUGCCACAUAUGCUCAUGGAGCUUUUCUGAAUUUGCCACGGAGUUUUGCCGCAGUACAUUUUACUAAUCCACAGCCUAGCCACGUCAUCCUUUGGGUUGAGAAGAGCUCUUGGUUUGUCAAGGUCAGUUAUAUUGGGACUGCAACGAGAUUACAGGCCGGCUGGUCUGAAUUUGUGCAUGUCAAAAAUUUGAAGAUUGGUGAUGCUUGUGUUUUUGUCUUGACGGAUGCCAUCAAUUUUCAAUAUGAUGUUGAAAUAUUCCGCGUUACAGAUGCUGUUUGCUCCUAGUUAACAGGGGGAAGGAUAGCAGUUGAGGAAUGAUUCAACUCGAAAAAAUUAAAACAACUGGCCAGAGAGAUGAAGUGAUACACUUUAAUCUAGUAGUGCACCUUAAUUUGGGAAACUGAAAUGUUUACUGCUUCUCUCCCUUAUUGCUUAUAUAUGUCCUAUUUUUCAACUAUCAUAUGCAGAAUGUAACAUCUAGUUUCUCCAAGACUUGGUUUCAGAUCUUUAGGUUAAUAUGUUAUAUCGGUAGAUUGGCUUGUGAACUAGUCUGGCCAUCAAUCAUUAAUGGUGUAGUUGUUAAGCAAUUACAUGUGUUCAAGAGAAGGAUAUAUUAGACUUGAUCUCAUAAUUAUUAAAUUCGUUAAUGUCAUUUCGAAGAAGCACUAGAGAGGCCUCCUGAGAUUUCUUUUCUAUGUCCUUUCUUUUGGUCUGCUGCUGACAAGAAGUUCUAAAUGGGAACUUCUUAAAGUUCUUUUACUUGAAGGAAUGGGUUGAAGAUAACAUUUAUGGAUAGAUCAUUGAAUUGUGAAGACAUUAAGGGAAUGAUAUGAAAUAGUAGGGAGGUUUGGUGGAAACAUUGCUGUGGCAAUGAGGGUGAUGCAGAAGUUUAGGAUAAGCGACAUGGUAAAGAUAGCUGGGUUUGAAAUUCAGUUGAAGGAACUAAAAUUAAUCAAGCCAGUAGUUCCCUCAUAGAUGAAGUUAUUGAUACUGAAUCGGAAAUGUUGAUGUAUACAAUGGACAAUGGCUAGAAGCCUAGAAAUACUGGGAAAAAUGUUGUUCUUGGUAUUGGCAAGUAGUCUGUUGAUUUGUGAAUAUUUCCAUACAU